AUGACUGAUUUGGGAGAAGCAAACUAUGUGUUAGGAAUUGAAAUAAGCCGAGAUAGAGACAUGGGGUUACUUAGUCUAUCACAGAAGGGAUAUAUAGAAAGGAUACUGAAAAGGUUCAACAUGGAAAACUGCACAGGUUGUGAUGUUCCAUUCUCGAAGGGUGAUAAAUUGAGCAGUGAACAACCUCCCAAAACUGAGCAAGAGAAGUUGGAGAUGCAGGACAAGCCCUAUGCCUCACUUGUUGGAAGCUUGAUGUAUGCUCAAGUUUGCACAAGGCCAGACCUUGCUUUCAGCAUUAGUGUUCUUGGAAGAUUUCAAUCCAAUCCGGGUCAGGCACAUUGGAUAGCAGGCAAGAAAGUUUUGAGGUAUUUGCAGAGAACUAAAGAAUAUAAGCUAAUCUAUCGAAGAGUUGAAGAAUUGAAACUGGAAGGAUAUGCAAAUGCAGAUUUUGCUGGCUGUUUGGAUACACAAAAGAGUACAUCAGGUGUUGUGUUUUUGUUUGCAAGAGGAGUAGUGGCUUGGAGAAGUGUCAAACAAUAA